AUUUGAAGUGUCCUUUCAGCAAAAAAAUUUAUUUACGAUAUUAAAUUUAGGCCUGAUUUCUAACGUACGUAUCAAUGAAAAACGUUUUUAUGUUGGUCAAAUCGUUCCAUUUUCAUGGCUGCUUAACGUUGCCAAAAAUUCUCCUUAUAAUGGACCUUGUCCGUUUUUCGAAAAGUCUGGAACGACUCACUCUAGUGACAUCAUGCAAGGGAUUCCUCAAUACAUGAUAUACGUACCAACUACCUUGGAUGACGUCAGUAUUUGGCUUGACCCAGACUUCAUGCCACGGCGGAUGAUUUGACCGAAUUGAUUUUUUUUUCACCGAUAUGUUAAACAUUAUACCUAGUUUUGAUAUCAUAAAUAAAAGUUUUUUGUUUAUUUGGGCACUUUUUAUUUCAUUUCAUUGCGUGCAAAGUAGAUUUUACGUAUUAUGUCAUUAUGUUUAAGGUAUUCGGACAUUCUCGUUCAUCGUCUUUUGGCCGUCACUAUUGGGGCUAUACCUUCAUUUCCUGAAAUGUUCAAUAAAAAAAAUACGCAGGAAAUGUGUAAUUUGUUGAACAAACGUCAUCACAUGGCCCAGCUUGCGUCUCGCUCUUCUGUGGAUCUUCAUACUCAGCUGUUCUUUAAAGAUCGAGUAAGUAUUGAAGAAGCCUUUGUAUUGUUUGUGCGUAGAAAUGCUCUUCAAGUUUUGAUUCCAAAAUAUGGCGUCGAAGGAAACAUAUUUUUGCGGGAGACGACAUCGCGAAGUAAAUUCAAUGAAGAAGAGAUGUCAAUAACCAUUGGUGAUGUGACGUUUAAAGUUUUUUCUAAGAUUCGUGUGCAGAUAAAAGUCGAUACGUCUGCAUCCAAAAAUAGAUUUGUCAAUAUAAUGCUUAUGGAUCCUUACGUCCCUGGCCUUAGUGUUGAUGAAAUUGAUGAUGCUAGCAGUGUAAACUCUUUACAACCAGAAUUAAAAAAACUACGAACUGCUUGAUGAAUGAAAAUGAUAAAGGUUGCAUUUGUCACUUUAAUCCGGGGUUGUUGACGGAAAGUACUUCUCCACAGAUACAGUCAAUUAUAGACAUUAGCUAAUGUAUUUUAUCGUUUUGAAAAGAUUGUAGUUUUUCAAUGCAAAUGUAUUUUAAUUGAAAUGAUUUGUAAAACGUUGUAAAUACGCGUAACUAAUCUCUCUCACACUAAAGUAUAUGAAAACUUGUAUAAAUUUACGAAUAUCAUGGACGCACAACAAACGA